UAAAAACUGCCCAGAAUACAACCACGACAGGAGUGAGCGUGGUGGUGGUGGUGGGGGUUUACUGCUCAUGCGCGCUCUGCAGAGGACGUUGUUAUCCUACAAUCCUCACAAACAGACGCGCGUCUCCAGUCGUAGAUCUGAUAUUGCGACUCCGCUUGCAGGAGAAGAUGCCCCUUCCUCAGUUUCUUCUACUACUUUAUUUAGCUCAAGCUGCAGCAGGUUGGGAAUUACUUGGUGAGAGGGAAAAAGUCCUGACGGUGUGCGUCGGGAAGGAGUUUCACCUGCCGGUGGACUCCACAUCCAGAAUUGUGACGUUCACUCCAGAUAAUAAUGGACCAAGACAAGUCCUGCUGGAAAAGACCACUGUGAAGGAUCCCCGGUUCGAGUGGACCAGAGAUAAAACAUUAGUCCUGAAAGAAGUGACUCACAGUGAUCAGGGACUUUAUGCAAACAAACUGUCUAUUGGGUUCACCUAUGAGACGGUUCAUCUGAUUGUUUCGGAAUGUGUGAAACCCUACCGCAAACACUAUGGGGAGACUUUUGAGCACAGCAUCCCAGAAAAUGGUUCUGUGCUGGAGUUUUCUCCUUGGGGUGUUCUGCCUGAUGCCGAGCCAGUUGUGUUGUGGAACCGGACCAAUCUUGAAACUGCUGAGACGGGCCGAGGGCGACUGCUGAGAGGGGGGAAAUUCUGGGUGGCGGAGAGGGUCACACAAGCAGACCAAGGCAACUACACUGUGAGGGACGACAAUGGGAAGGUGCUAUCUCGCAGCACCCUGUCUGUGCGUGGACACUCCUUCAAUGUUACACGCUUCACCAAGGAGUCUUUGAGCCUUCCCUUGUAUCUGCCGGUCCACCAUGCCCAUCUCACUUUUACCCCUGGACAAAUUCCUGAUGAAUCAUCCAUGGGUCCCUUUGACCCUAAACCCCCUCGUGGCCCAGUGCAGCUGCUUCGCGAGGGCCACAUAAACGACCACGACCUGCGGUACAGAGGACUCGUCUCUCUGAACCGAAACGGCUCCCUCAUUGAAAUCGUCAUUACCAGACUCACGUCGAGGCAUGAUGGAUUGUAUGAAGUCAGAGACAAAAACGGCAACCUUGUGUCUGCCACCUACCUGCACAUAAUCGAGAAAAGGGGCGGGACCUGGCGAGCGCUCUUGAAGUCCAUCACCGUUCCCUCUGGCAUGUUUGUUUCGCUGGCUGGCUUCAUUUUGUUCAUGAAGCGAUACCCAAACUGCAGCCUGUCACAGAUCAUCACUGGCAUCAGGACAAACCACACCCCACCAGCCAACCCUCCAAGAGUUAACAUCCAGGACUACAGUCACACCCAUCCACACCCUGCAGCUUAUUACAGUUACCCUGAGCAUCCUGGAACACCAAGAAAGUGGAGCCCAAGAGCGAGCCCUGCUCACACUGAUUACACUCCUGUCACGAUAGGGGAACCAAGUUCUGAAAACCAGCAAGUACAGCAACGGACAGCUGGGGUCUCGCCCAGGCAUGACAGAAGCACUGAGGAGAACAAAGUGAAUGAGAAUGAAGAGAAGAUUUCCUUUCCUGUGCCUGGAGCAACAGACUGCCUCCACUCCUCUGAGGACUGCGCUCAGUACCAGAUUAAGAAGGAUGGAGAUGAAAAAAGGUGGAGCUCAGAGUUCUUUUCAACAUUGCCACUGGACACAGACACCUCUGAAUCCUGCAGCGUUUACACGUCAGAGAAACUGGACUUUUUAUAAAACAGGUGCCAAAAUGAGAAAAGAAGGACAUUAUAGAAUGAACAAAUAACAGUGAAGGACAUUACUCAAUGCAAGUUACAGUUCAAAAUAUUUUGGUAAACAUAAUCUUUGGAUGCAUGAAUUUAGCAUUGCAUUUUCUGUCUCAUGUUGCAGUGGUGGAUUGUACUCUUAAGAUCUCUUGCUGUUACCUACCUCCAGACCCUCAGGGCCACUGUUAUCUGCACUGUGUUUACUGAGUGUCACCCUGUUUGCAAGUGUUGUAUUAUUUCUAGAGCUGCAUAGAGUAUUGACACUAAAUAUAUAUAUUUCAUACUCACUUAAACAUUCUUCCACAGUGUUAAUACAUUUAUAACCCAAACAACAAUUAUUGAAUUAGUUAUGAUCUUAUCUGUAACAGUGUAGUAUUUGUUGCAGGUGUCAUUCCUUUCAACUCAAUGCAACUGUAAAGUGCUGUGAAAUGUGCUUUUCCAUUUGGUCUGCUAACCUUUGAACUUCAUGAACAAAACAUAAAAUAUUUCUAUAACAAAAAUUUAAAAUAAACACGUGGUAAACAAUAAA